UGGAGUUUGAGAAGCUGAAAGGCCUGCCGUGCUUGGUGAACCUGCUUUUUGUUGGAAAUCCUCUGGCGAAGCAACACACUAAAAAGGGAAACUGGAGGACUGAAGCUUCUAAAACACUCCCUAACCUGAGGAAACUAGAUGGAGAGAUCAUCAUCAGAAAAGAGCAGGAAGAAGAAGGAACGAGCUCUAAAGGUCUUCCUACAUGAUCCUUUUUUUUGUCACGGUGCUCCUUUUUAAGCACUAAGACUUUAUGAGGUUUGCAGCACAUGCUGGAUUAAACACACGUUGAUGUUUUGGGUUCAUAAAUACAUCAACAAAUAGCAAGGUAAAUAAAGAAAUAAUUUUAAAGUUCAUG